CCAGUCUGUAAUUAUCUCACAGGAUCGACACGGCCGUCUUCUCCAAGUACCGCAAGUACGUACCGUGGGCUGGAUAAUGGUGAACAUAAAGCACCCCGUGCUCCUCUCUCGUUUUUUUUUUCAAAAGCCUAGGGUAUUGCCCUCGAAUUCAAACUAGUCCCCGCAGUGCCACUCGGGCUCGUUUACUGCUGUCGCAUAGCAUCUGAUAUGAUGGCACUCCUCAAAGGCGCCCUCGUCCUGGCAUUCGGGCUAGCCUCGGUGGUUGUCGGCGGCCCGCUGCCCGCCGCUGCCCCGGUCGACGUGACGCCCGCGCCAGAGGAAUCGGAGCCGGACGCGGCCAGGCCUGCCAAGUGCAACAACUGGCUGCCGACUGUGAUAUCGGGCCUGACAGACGACCUCGCAACCAUUGCCGUGUGUGCUCCCGAGCCGACGGAGCUCGCGCAGGACGACAGCCACGGGGCCCGCCACGACGCGCUUGACGAUCUCCCGACCACGACCGUCACAGUCACCGUCACGGCCACCCCGACGGCCUCCAUCGUCGUGCCGCCGGCCCCCGAGGUCGUCACUGUCCAGCGAACAUACACGGUGACGGCGUGGACGCAGACGGCCACCAUCGUCGAGACGCUCAACUGCACGCAGACGGUGCUCGCCCAGGCCUCGCAACCGCCGGCCCGCGCCACGCCCCCACUCCUGCGCCGGCAGACAGGCUCGUCGACAACGACAGCGACGGCCGCCACACCACCGCCGCCGGCCCCGAAGACACCGCUGCCGACUUCCAAUGCCACGCUGCCGGCGCCGCCUCCGCGGCCGGCGCGGACGCGGACCGUCUGGACCGUGACCACGGCCACGCAGACGGGCCCGCUGCUGCGCACCCGCUAUCAGUGCGACGCGACCGUCGCGUACGCCUUCACAGUCGACAAGACGGCGACAGUCCUGUUCACGGCCACGACGUGGGCCGCCAGCAACAUCGUCACCACGACGUCGCUACUGUCGUGCAACGCCUACGGCCUAGGCACGCCGAGCCUACCCACGCCGGCGCCAGCUCCUCCUCCUCCGCCGGCAGCUGCGUCACCCGCGGCAGCCGCAGCCGUUAAGAAGCGCCAGGGUGCCACCGCAAGCCCGACAUCGGCAUCGGCAGUGGCGGCGAGCCCCGCGCCAGGGUCGACCACCGUGGCCGGGCCCACGACGUCGACCAUCGUCGUGCACCUGACGCGCACCACCUACUCCAUCGUCACAAUCGAGGGACCCGGCACCAGCACGCGCCUGACGUACGCGUGCAUCCCCACGCCCGUCGCCCCGCCGCCGCCGCCGCCUGCCGUCACCACGACCAGUGUCAGCAUCAUCCCGGCGCCUCCCACGACGACGACGAACCCGCCCGCUGCCGCCUCCUCGCCGGGCGCUUGAGUGUAUGCUGGGUGCGGUGUAGGUGUGGUGCGCAAGGUAGUCAGAUUGCUGGUCUUGCGCCAGAUGGUGGUGGCAGUAGAGAGCGGCAGUCGGUUCGGAGGGGAAAGAA